AUGUUUAUGCCAAGAGCCCUGAAGGUGAAGAGACCACCUCAGGAGUUAAGCCAUGUUUUGAAAAAGAAGAGCAAGAUUGUUCAAGGGGGUGAUGAAGAAAGUAGUUCAGAAAAACUUAAUCAACAGGAGGAAGCUUUUGAUGUCAAGAAACCUUUAAAUGAAAGUGCAAAAGCAUGUGAAGACUCUGGACUUUUGACUGAGGGUGAUAGGUCUGAUGGUGGGCAUACGUCCUCAUCAGAUGAAGAGGAAGAAGAGGAACCUGUCAAAUCUUUUAAAAAGAGUCAGCGAUGGCCUGAGCCAGGAGAGCCUGUCUGUGUCAUGUGUGGUCGCUAUGGGGAGUACAUAUGUGAUUCCACUGAUAAUGAUGUUUGCAGUCUUGAAUGCAAAGCCAAUCAUUUACUGAAAAUGGGAAUGGGGACUGGAGCAGAUGCAUUUAAUGAAAAGGGCAGAAACACAGGUGAAAGGACCUCUAACACACAAGCAGUUGAUACAGGUGAAAUAGGUUUAAGUGAACCAUGCUAUUCCUAUCGUGAAGAUACAUUCAUAUCGGGCCUGACAGAUGAGCAAGUGGAGCGUAUCCAGCAGGAGCUUGGCAUUAAAACUCAGGGGAGUGAUGUUAAGCGGCCUAUUAUUGAAUUUGAACAUUGUGGCUUCCCUUCCACAUUAAUUGGUAACCUGAAAAAGGCCGGUUAUGAGGCACCCACACCGGUCCAGAUGCAGAUGGUGCCUGUUGGUCUCAUAGGCCGGGAUGUGAUCGCCAGCGCUGACACCGGAUCAGGGAAGACUGUUGCCUUCCUUCUGCCAGUAGUAGUGAGAGCCCUGGAGACACCACCACACAAAGCCUGCAGUCCCGUGGCUCUGAUCCUGACACCAACGAGAGAGCUGGCUAUUCAGAUAGAGAGACAGGCCAAGGAGCUGGUUAUAGGGCUGCCCAACAUGAGAACUGCUCUGCUGGUGGGGGGCAUGCCACUUCCCCCUCAGCUUCACCGUCUCAAGAGCAGCAUCAAAAUUGUCAUAGCUACACCUGGGAGGCUCAUUGAGAUCCUGAAGCAGAAAGCGCUUCAGCUUCAUGAAGUGAGGGUUGUAGUGGUAGAUGAGGUUGACACUAUGCUGAAGAUGGGCUUCCAGCAGCAGGUGCUGGAGGUUUUGGAGCAAGUCGCAGAAGAACACCAGACUCUGCUGGCUUCGGCCACCAUCCCAGCCGGGAUAGAGGAGCUCGCUGCCCGGCUGGUGCGUGACCCUGUUCGCAUUACGAUCGGUGAGAAGAACCUACCCUGUUCCAAUGUCAGACAGAUCCUGCUUUGGGUGGAGGAACCAUCCAAGAAGAAGAAGCUCUUUGAGAUUCUCAAUGACAGCAAACUGUACCAGCCUCCAGUGGUGGUGUUUGUAGACUGUAAACUGGGUGCUGAUCUACUGUGCGAGGCGGUCACCAAGGUGACAGGUCUCACCACCGUGGCAAUCCACUCUGACAAGACCCAGUGGGAACGCAACCGCAUCCUCAGGGGCCUUCUGGAAGGAGACUUUGAAGUGGUAAUCAGCACAGGUGUGCUAGGCAGAGGACUUGACCUCGUCAACGUCAGAUUGGUGGUUAACUUUGACAUGCCAAAUACAAUGGAUGAAUAUGUUCACCAGGUGGGCAGAGCGGGGCGGCUCGGACACAGGGGAACAGCCAUCACUUUCCUCAAUAACAACAACAAGCGGCUGUUUCUGGGGGUGGUGAACAGGGUCAAACCCACUGGGUCCAUUUUGCCCCCACAGCUUCUCAACUCACCUCAUCUCCAUGAACAGCAGAGGAGAGAAAAACAGAAAACCAAAAUGGGGCACGAGGACACACUUGUUACACAGAACAACCUUCUAGACAUUAUUAAGAAACAUGACCGUCGCAAGAAGUAG